UAUAACCUGGCCAUCAAACUCCAAACAUGUUGAAAACCUGGUGUUAUUUCAAUGCCAUACAUGAACAUAUAAUAAUAAUAAUAAUAAUAAUAGAUAUGUUGCCUGAAUUCAUUUAGGAUCUAAAUAAGAUGUAAUGGUUGGUUGCUUUUAAAUGCAUCUACUAAAGGACCAUCUGCACGUGGCACAGGAGCACAUGGGACGUUCCUGACUUAACCGCCAACUUCUGUCAACUUUAUAAGAGUCAACCCCGCCUCAAAUGAAGCUUCACCAAAGGAGCAUUUAUAUUGCACUGGCAUCUGAAGGGGCAUUAUUAAACAAAUGAAAGAUAAUAGAAAUGAAUGAGCAUAACAGAAUGAUAUUUUGCAUGCUGAUGACCUCUCUACUUCUGAUGGGCUUUGCGUUUGGUGAGAAGGGACAGAUGAAUCAGAUGUUCAGCAGAGGACUCCGACUUAUUGUGGAAGUUCCAUAUGUUGGUGAUCAUCUGGUGACUCCAAAGGUACAUGUUCUGCUGCCCGACCGAGUUCAGAGCAAACGUCCCGGGUCAGUUACACUUGCGUGUGUCAUCACUGGUUUACAGUUUAAAACAGUUAAGAUCACAUGGAAGGUGAAUGGAGCAAAUAGAUCCAGAAAGCACACCAGCAUAGCAGAAGUUCGCCAAGAGCCUGGUGGGACGUUCUCUGCUGUGGGACUGUACUCAGUUGUUGAUCAUAAAUGGAGUCAGGAGAAUACAUACAAGUGUGAGGUAACAUACAGAGCAGGAUUUCACUACCAUAAGAUUGAGUCUUCUAUCUGUAAUCCUCGUGAGGGAUUUGGACGGUAGAUUUUUGUUAUUUUGUACUACAAGUCAAUGAAGUCCAAAUGUAGACACAAAUACAAAAAAAUUCUGCACACUAUCUUCUUGCAAAAAAUGUAUCAAAAUGUUUUUAUUAUCCAAAAUAAACACAUUUUGAUACUUUUUUGCAAGAAGAUAAUGUGUGGGAUUUUCUGUGUUUGUGUUAUUUUUUUACUAACCACUAAGUUGGAUGCAGAAGCAUCUGAAUAUGUGUUGUUGUGAGAUAUUACAGAUUGGCUGUAUGUUUAAAAACCACAAAGAAAUGCAAUAAACAAAUUUGAGGAACUGAUACGUGUUUGAUAACCUGCUAGUGGGAUAAAAUUUUAUGUUUUUUAUCUUAUAACGUUUUGUACAUACUACAAAGU